UUCAAGGUUUCAACGCGUUCAGGUGUUUUGUUCAGACGCUAUAUCAUUUCUCUUGUAAGCUUAUCCUUCUGAUGAAUAAUACCUCGAGAGGUCUUCUUUAGAGCUUGCUGUUUUUGAUUCAUUGCUUCUGAGCACUACUGCAUGACUUCUGAUCUUCCUUAUUCAGCUGCAACAGAUAUGAUUAACCAGUUCCAGUCACUUGAAGAUAACACAACCUUGGUUUCAAACGAUGGAACCUUUGAGUUGGGUUUCUUCACCCCAGGUAGUACUUCCCCAAACCGCUAUCUCGGAAUCUGGUACAAAAACAUACCAAUCAGAACCGUUGUUUGGGUUGCCAACCGCGACAAUCCAAUCAAAGACAACUCCAGCAAGUUGAGCAUAAACACAGCAGGCAAUUUCAUACUUCUCAACCAGAACAACAACACCGUGAUUUGGUCAACAAACACGACAACAAAAGCAUCCCUUGUCGUAGCACAGUUGUUAGACUCAGGCAACUUGGUCCUAAGAGACGAGAAAGACAACAAUCCUGAAAACUACUCUUGGCAGAGCUUUGACUAUCCUUCAGACACGUUUCUACCUGGAAUGAAAGCAGGGUGGGACUUGAAGAAAGGCCUCAAUAGGGUCCUAACCGCUUGGAAAAACUGGGAUGACCCUUCUUCAGGGGACUUCACAGCGAAUUCUUCACGUACCAAUUUUCCUGAAGAGGUUAUGUGGAAGGGCACAUCAGAGUACUACAGAAGUGGACCAUGGGAUGGCAGAAAAUUCAGUGGUAGCCCCUCUGUGCCAACCAAUUCAAUCGUAAACUACUCGGUUGUGUCAAACAAGGACGAAUUUUACGCUACCUAUAGCAUGAUCGAUAAGUCGUUGAUUUCAAGAGUUGUGGUGAAUCAAACUCUUUAUGUUCGUCAGCGCUUGACAUGGAAUGAAGAUAGUCAAACGUGGAGGGUGUCGUCGGAGUUGCCCGGUGAUUUAUGCGACAACUAUAGUACUUGUGGUGCAUUUGGGAUUUGUGUCGCUGGUCAGGCACCAGUGUGCAACUGUUUAGAUGGAUUCAAGCCAAAAUCACCCCGGAAUUGGACACAAAUGAACUGGAAUCAGGGGUGCGUGCACAACCAAACUUGGAGCUGCAAGGAAAAGAACAAGGAUGGUUUUAAGAAAUUCAGUAACUUGAAGGCGCCAGACACUGAAAGAUCUUGGGUUAAUGCAAGUAUGACACUUGAUGAGUGCAAAAACAAAUGUAGGGAAAAUUGUUCAUGUACAGCCUAUGCAAAUUUUGACAUGAGGGGAGAAGGAAGUGGCUGUGCCAUUUGGUUCGGUGAUCUGUUCGAUAUAAGACUGAUUCCCAAUGCUGGACAGGAUCUGUAUAUUAGAUUGGCAGUGUCUGAAACAGAUGAAAAAGAUGAUUCAAAGAAAAAGGUGGUUGUGAUUGCAAGCAUCGUUUCCUCUGUAGUUGCUACGCUAUUAAUUUUUAUAUUCAUUUACUGGAGCAACGCAAAAAAUAUCAAAGAGAUCAUACUUGGCAUUGAAGUAAAGAACAAUGAAAGCCAACAAGAAGACUUCGAGCUACCUUUGUUUGACCUUGUCUCAAUAGCACAAGCCACAGAUCAUUUCUCAGAUCACAAUAAGCUUGGUGAAGGUGGUUUUGGGCCUGUAUACAAGGGGACACUUCCAGAUGGACUAGAGGUCGCUGUUAAGAGGCUUUCGCAAACAUCUGGACAAGGAUUAAAAGAAUUUAAGAAUGAGGUUAUGUUAUGUGCAAAACUCCAACACCGAAAUCUUGUUAAAGUUCUAGGAUGUUGCAUUCAAGAAAAUGAGAAAUUGCUCAUAUACGAGUAUAUGGCCAACAAAAGUUUAGACGUCUUUCUUUUCGAUUCUGAUCGAAGUAAACUUCUUGACUGGCCAAAGCGAUUCUACAUUAUAAAUAGAAUUGCUCGGGGACUACUUUAUCUUCAUCAAGACUCAAGACUAAGGAUCAUACACAGAGAUCUUAAGGCAAGCAAUGUAUUAUUAGAUAAUGAAAUGAAUCCAAAAAUUUCAGAUUUUGGUUUGGCUCGAAUGUGUGGAGGUGAUCAAAUUGAAGGGAAAACAAGAAGAGUAGUCGGUACAUAUGGUUAUAUGGCUCCUGAAUAUGCAUUUGAUGGACUAUUUUCCAUUAAAUCAGAUGUAUUUAGCUUCGGAGUAUUAUUGUUAGAGAUAGUAAGUGGCAAGAAAAAUAACCGACUCUUCUAUCCAAAUGACUACAAUAAUAAUCUCAUUGGACAUGCAUGGAGUUUGUGGAAUGAAGGAAAUCCAAUGGAAUUCAUUGCCACUAGUUUGGAAGACUCAUGCAUUCUAUAUGAGGCCCUGCGUUGCAUUCAUAUUGGUCUAUUAUGUGUACAACAUCAUCCUAAUGAUAGGCCAAACAUGGCAUCUGUGGUCGUAUUAUUGAGCAACGAGAACGCAUUACCUUUACCAAAGUAUCCUAGGUACUUAAUCACAGACAUCUCAACGGAAAGAGAAUCUUCUUCUGAGAAGUUUACAUCCUAUUCUAUUAAUGAUGUAACUAUCUCAAUGUUGAGUGAUAGGUAGAGAAAGAUACUUUACUUCUUACAAAAUAUUAAAUUAUUUAUUUUGUAUAUGUCCUAGUAAUUUUUGUACAUGUUUUUAAUUGUUUUGAAAUAUGUUUCUGUCUAUA